GGUUUUUCCUAUGAAUCUCAUAUUCAAUAACCAAUACAAUUGUAGCAUAGAAACAUGACUUAAUAAUAAACAUGAAAAUAUAAUAGUACAUUCAUUAUUGCCUCUAGGGCAUAUUUCCAACACAGUUAACUACUUAAUACCAAACUAAACAAGGGGACGACGCUAGAUUUCACCACUUCCUUGCCAGAUGCUUCCCCUUGGAGUCUCGGCGGUUGGACUCGGCGUAUGCAUCGGCGGCUCUGGGCUCGUCGUCACCGUCACUUUCCGAAGCAGAGGGGGAGGAGCACGAGAUGACGAUGCUCUCCAUGCAUCAGGCGACGUGGGUAUGCUCCUCUUGGAGCCGUGCGGCUCUAUCCGCUGCCGUCGCCCGCCCCAUCGCCGUUGAACAUGGCGGGCGAGGAGUGGAUUUUGGGGAGAAGAAGUGGAUUUGGUGGAGAAGCGGACAGGCCGAGUGAGGACAGACUGAGUUUGACUAGGGUUUACUCGUUGUCGUCAGAUAUUUGUGGGGGCAGGAGUGGGGUCGUUGCGGGCCAUAGUGGGCCAGGUCGACGUGGCGGACGGCCCAUAUCCGUCCUAAAUUUGGACUGAAUAUGAGGGAUGUCAUUCAGUCGGGUCAUUUGAGAUUGGUUUGAGGCGCCCGGGUGGGUCUGGUUUUUCUUUUACCCGACCGGGUUUUUUUAAAGCGUGUUCGCCCCUUCCCCCUUUGCUCCUUCCGAAUCCCCAGCUGGCCACCGCUAUCCAUCGCCCAAGCACUAACCUUAAUCGAUCAAAUCCCUCCGGUCCAGCCAUGCCGCCGCCGUCGUCGACGGAGCGGUGGUCAAUCUUGGCUCGAAUCCCUAAAGUUGUGAAGGACAAGGAGGCAAAGCGCACCUUCCUGCCGGAGGCGGUGCGGUCCGUCUGGCGUCCGAACGUGGUGGCGAACGCGCAACUCCUCUGUUGGCGCGCUGAGCAUAGGGACGCACCAUGGGCCUCGUCCGACCAGAACAUGGAGGUAGCGGGCGCGACGAUGGACGUCGGCGAGGCGGAGUCACAUUCUACGGCGCCCCGUAUGGUGCAACACUCCAGGCACCGCAACCGCGUCAUGGUGGACGUCCCAGGCUCGUCCCAGGACGGAUCCAUCAUAAAUCUGAUGCCAACCAGUACCGUUCGGGUUCCGAGCUCCGACGAGGAAGAGUAGGGCAUGGGAGAGGCGGAUGACUUGAGUCUCGUGAGCCGGCUCGUGUCUCAUGCCCUACUCUAACUUGCCGUGACCGGCCCAACACUCUGCGAGGCGCAGCUGGGCGCUGGACGGAGCUCUGCUCAAAAAUCGCUACGUUGCAUCUAAUAAUAUAGAUUUGAGUUACUAAUUUGAGGUAUCCGGAUGUGAAAUGCAUUACUUAAGACGUGACCGGUCAAUGUUUGAGGGGUCAUAUUUGCCCAAUCACGGCUGCUCUAACCCUAAUCAAUCAAAUCCCUCCGGUCCAGCCAUGCCGCCGCCGCCGGAGCGGUGGUCCAUCCUGGCUCGAAUCCCUAAAGUUGUGAAGGACAAGGAGGCGAAGCGCACCUUCCCGCCGGGCGCCGACGUCUCCGUCGCCUGCGACGAGCCCCCGCGCGCCUCAAUCCUCACCGCGCCGUUCCGCAUCUCCCCGCCGCCCUGCCUCCCCAGCUACCCCUACGUCGCCGCCGCGGACUCCUCCGGCCUGCUCCUCCUCCGCGCCACGGAGCCCGGCGGAGAGGUCACCCACCACCUCUGCCACGCGCGCACAGGCGAGGCCACCUGCCUCCGCGAGCACGACUGCCCCAUGGGCUUCGACGGCGCCAACGUCGGCCUAAUGGCGAGUCGCGACAGCUGCGUGGUCGCCGAGCUCCAGCCCUCCGGCGACGGCUCCGGCCGCGCCACGCUCCUCCGCUACACGGUGGGGCAGUACAAGUGGGCCGUGACGGAGCUCGCCUACUCGCCGCCGCUGCACCGGCAGUGGUUCUGCGCGGGGGUCGUCUCCCACGGAGGGAUGCUCUGGUGGGUGGAGCUCUCGUACGGCCUCCUCGCCUGCGACCCCUACUCGUACAAGCCGGAGCUGGUACACGUCCCGCUUCCGGCGGUCAUCGACCCGCUUCCGGGAAAAGUGGCAAACUUGGCCAACAGGGGCUCCCACAGCUGCGUGAAGGCGAGCAGCGGAAGGCAGUUCACAUCUUGCACGGUCACAAUGUUGAGAGAGGGAUAAGAGCUAUUUUGAAGAUACCCUGCUUAAACAAAUCGAUUUCCUUAAUAUUAGUAUAUGGACAUAGCUGCUAUUGCACAAUGCAUGGUACCACUUAUCUUGCAUGGGGAAUUGCUAUCUUUUAAGCUAUAGUGUUUGUUUCCGUAGAACGUUGUUUGACAGACACGUACUUACCUUUGUUGUAAGCAUACAUACAUAGUUUGCUCGCCCUGGCACACAUUUAACCGUUGUAAUUUGAGUCUAUUCUUUCAAGGGUCUGACCCUGACUCUGUCCCGACAUGCUUGAGGGAGGAGAAGGAGAUCGCCGCGCGGAGCAGAUAAAUUACAGAAGAAGUAUCGUUAUAAUUUAAUCAUGCGGCAGCAGCACAGAAUAAUGAUGAAGAAAGAAACCCGCUUUGCAAGGAGGCCACAGAUAUCGCCAAAAGGCAAAAGAGUAGGCCAUAGGCGUGGGCAAGCUGCAUGGUGCAUCUCUCAUGCAGUCUCUAAGUACAAAAAAAUUCGGAUCUAAAGAUUGGAAACUAAUCUUGAUGUAUCAGUAUAUAUUGAGUGGUACAUCAAUGAACAUUGCUUGAA